AUGUUGACCAUCUCAAAUAGUGAUGUACAGCGGAAAAUGUACAAAAUAUUGAUAGAAUAUUUAAAGAACCUGAACGCCAAAAUCAAUAUUUUUUGGACAUAUGAUGUAGUUAUCAUGUUGUGCAAUCAUCCAGACGUUCUACUCAACUAUUUCAAUUGGAAAACAUCUCAAGUUGAAAAUCAAAAAAAAGAAAAAGAAAAUAAGGAAAAAUCAACGAAGAAAGAACUUUUAGAAUCCUCGUACUCAGUGGAGCAAGAGACAAACAGUGGAGAACUUUUUGAUCCACCAAUAGAUGAAGAGGAAAUUGACAGUUAUCUCGACACUGAGGAGAAAGAUGAUGAUAACAUUUCAGAUGAUACAACCAUGGAUCAAAAAGCUCUAUCUAUUCUUGAAGAGAUAUUUUCAAAUCCCGAAUCUAUUGGCUACAAGAAAGGAGAGCUAAACAAUGGCGGAAAAAUGAUUCUGUUGUUUAGCGUAAUGUUCCAAUGCAAAAGUAUGGGUGAUCGAUUGAUAGUAUUCAGUCGAAGUAUCAACACAUUGAAUUUUAUUGAAGGCACUCUUAAGAGAUACAACAAAAAGAACACAGAACAAAUUAAUUUUAUGCGCUUUGAUGGUAGUACUCCAUUUGAAACGAGACAGUCGUGCAUUGACAAGAUUAAUGAUAUUAAUAACAAUAUUGAUGUACUGUUGGUGUCAACACUUGCAGGAUGUGAAGGAAUUAAUUUAAUGGGGGCCAACAGAGUCGCACUAGUCGAUGUAAAUUGGAAUCCUUCUCAUGAUAGUGAAGCAGUGUGUAGAGUGUUCAGAAUUGGCCAAAAGAAACCUGUGUACAUAUAUAGAUUUAUUUGUGAAAAUACGAUGGAGGAUUUGGUGCUCAAAAGGCAAUUACAAAAAGAGAAUCUUGCUAAUUGGAUUGUAGAUGACGGAAAUACAAGCGUAGACACAUACUAUACCAAAGAUUUAUUAAUUAUUCCUGAUGAUAACAGCGUGAUGGCCGCAAAUAACAAACCAGAAUUUGUGGAUGCUUCAAUCAAGGAUGAAGUAAUUUUGGGAAUUGUAAACAAAUAUCCACAUUGGAUCAAAAGAGCAGAGAUACGUGAUCAACUCUUGAAAGAUGACCCACAAAAUAUUUUGACUGAAGAAGAGAAAAUACUGGCCCAAAGCGAAAAUGAAUUUGACACAGUAUAUACAUCUAAACGAACCUAUUCAAGGAGUAACAAUUCCACAAAUAGCACCCAAAAAGAUAGUGCAAAAAAGAAUAUUCAACGAAAACAUGCCACGCCACAAGACUCUGUCAGUAGCAAUGCAGGAAACAGUACUUGCGGUAGCUCUUCAACACGAGAAAGCAACGAGACCUUAUGGCUAAGGAGGCAACAAGUUCUAGUUCAAAAAGAGACUCAAGAGGCAAACAAAAUACUCGAGAUGCUCCAAGUGAAAGCUCAAGCAACAAGUAGUUCUGUAGAUGAUACACAUGAUGGUGGUAAAUCUUCUUCCUCUACACCUAGCAAAACACCAACUUCUGAAGGCAGCUCCACAGUGACUCCUCCUUCGGCAGGCACACCCUCUCAUCACACACGCUUUGAAAAAGAAAAGACAAUUAUGAUGAAGCAACUAAAGCAAUGCAAAUCGGCAAAACCAAAAUGGUGA